AACAAAACAGUAGUUCUAACUUAGGAAUGUGUCAGAAAAGUGAAGAGAAGAAUCAAGUUCAUGUACUAGCCUAAGGCGAUCAACAUCUUUAACAAAAUGUAUAUUAUUUUCAAGUGAAGUUUGGCUAAAAGAGAAGAAGAAAGAAAGGUAUGAAUACUCAUGACAUGACUUUACUGAAUCGUUUCCCUGUUUUACACUUUUCUUUCCUCUAAAUCUCACUUUCAUGAUGACUAACUAACCAGUCCUUUUUCCCUCACGAACCUUAGUAAUAAUCGUCAAGCUCAACCUCUCAUCUGUUUUUCAUCAUUACAUUUUGUUUCCUUUCGCCUUCUCUCUCAAAAGGCUCGGCAACUCGCUCUAGUCUCACUCGAUUGUUAUCUUAAACCAGAGCAUUUGUUACUUUUUACAUUUUCAAUUUACUGUCAUUUCAACGUAAACUGUGACUUAAUAAAAAACUGGUAUCUUUAUAAUUUUGUUAAAAGCUUCUGCACUCUUCUUCUUCGACAUCAUCAAUCGUCAUUGUUUUGUUUUUAAUUUAUCUUUUUUCAGUGUCUUUUUCAGUAAAAAUUGUUGCUUCGUCAAUCUCGAAUCAAUUGACAAUAUAAAGAUCAUUGGAAACAGUUCAACUGUGAGGACCAAUUCAUUCACACCAUUAUUCAUCUUGUUCAUCACCAUCAAACAUCUUGCCUGUUAAAACCAUAUCUUCAUCGACUCGACUCUCAACCCACUAACUUAAAUUAUUGAAAUAAUGAAAGGUUCAUCUGAAAAUAGUGAAAUUUGUAGCGAAAACGUUCUCAGGAUUAAAGUGGAAACGUGUUCUUCUCUCUAUGAAAAAUGGAAAGAUGAGAAAAGCUGGUUCCACAAUGUACCUCGAAAGGGUAUCACAACAGAAGUUGAAUAUAUUGAUACUCGACCAGAUGCUGGUAACACACUGCCGGUUGUACUAUGUUUACAUGGUGCGCCUGGUUCCCACCAAGACUUCACACUGCUUCGAUCAAGACUUGUCAGUUAUCCAAUUCGCAUUAUUUGUCCAAAUUUUCCAACAUAUUCCUUGACUAAGGCUAAAAAAUUUGGACAUUAUGCUGAGGAAAAGGCUGAAUAUAUUUUAGACUUUCUCAAAGCUCUUCAAUUGACUAGAGUUGAUAUGCUGAUCAGCCAUUCAUCAUCAAUCUAUCCUUCAGUAAUCAUUCUUGAAUCAGAGUAUGGAUCAACCCUUAAAUCUCUUGUAUUUCUUAAUCCUUGCGGUCAUCGACGAAUCCAAGCAAUGAAAUAUCCAUUAUUGGACAAAACAUCAGCCUACUUCUAUCAGUAUAAAUUUUUCCGUUUCUUCAUCAAACAUUUUGGUAAACCUGUUCUCAUUAUUGCUAACUGUCCAGUAAAGGUGGAAAACAUGGAUAAUUUAUUCUUGUCUGUAACCACAGUUAACCACAGUCACUACAAAAGGCUUUCGAAGAGAUUGGAACAGUUGAAAGCCAACAAGGAAAUCGCAAAGAUGUUGAUCUUCUCUGAAAAUGACAAGCUUAUACAGAAGGAAAUAUUUUAUGAAAUGGCUAAAAUGCUGGGAAUUGAAUCGGAUAAUAUUGAAGUCUACGAUCACAAUGGACUUCAACAGAAGUCUUCAAUUGACAGUGGAUACCCAAAAGGCAUUGCACUUCAAGACGGAGGACAUUAUGCUUUUCUUAGUCACUCGAAAAUUGUUAAUGAAGCUAUUGCUGGAAUGGUUGAAAAUGUUCUGCUAACUGGUAUUCAGUAACUCGAUGAAAACCUGACCAAUAGUGGCAUCGUCGCUGGCAACUCUCUAUGAGAAGGAUCAAUAUCAGGACCAAAUACCUAGAGAGAAAGACCUUUGGUUUGGUUAAUUGUCUCUACCAUCAGUAUUAAUCACUAUGAAUAUAAAGUCAAUGUCUUCACUAAAUCAUUUUUGUCUUCGUCCCACAUCAUGUCUUCUACCUCUUCAUCCAUUGACACUUCCUUCUCUAUGGCUAGUCGUUAAUGCUUUAGGAGUUGCUCAUCUUUUCAACUUAAUUAAAUCACGACCGAUAGUCAAAGAAUCUGGAAAUGCGAAUUUUUCACUUGGAUCGCCUGGAAGCUAUUGUGGUCAUGAUGACGCCCCAGUUUUUGAUUAUAGUAGUUGUUAUGGAAGAUGAGUCUUAUGAUGGUGACAAUGUCUAAAACGUAAUUUAAAACGUCUUGAUUAGUCAUUCUGCUGCGUAAUUGAAAUUUGGAGUGAGAUGAUCACCGAAAUUGAUCGUAAAAUGAAUCUGGAUCUUCAUCAUCGUUCUGGUUUAGCUGCAUAUUGUAUGGCCUUUUCAUAUGUACCUCUCAAUACUUGUCCUGAUUGACAGUUGAACAAUGAUUUAAAUGCUGAUUCACUUACCAAAAAAUAAUAAAUUAAGCCUUUUAAGUCAA